GAGAAAAGUGUGAGAUAUAAUUGCAGUCAUCCUUUUUAGGCGCCGAACUUAUGCGAAGCUAUAAACUAACUGCAAUGCUAUAUUAAAAAAAAAUGGAUAUUGAAAAUUUUAUCUCUGACUUGGACGCUGACAUCUCAUUGGUUACAAUCGUUUCGUCUGCAGCGUAUCAACAAACUCAAACUGAAGCGCUGUUUACGUGUAGCCGGAAAAGGCUUGUGAGAGAUAACGUGUGUUUGCAUUGACAUUUACUCAACUGUUAUCGUUUGUUUUCAUUAUGUAAACCAUUUUAUUUGUUUUAAAAUUAAUGUAGAGAAACUGCUAUCUCUGUGACUGUGGUUUAUUGAGAGCAAGUUUGGAUAAGAUAAAGUUUGGCCCAUUUCGUAGGCACUUUAUCAUUGCUGUACAGUGACAGCGCACACUGUUUACUUUACGUCUCAACCUGUUGGCUGUCGUUGCAAGAAAGAAGGAAGAAACACAUGGACUUGCCAGCUAGUAAUAAUGAUAACAUUCAGGUCAUUCAAAUGAGAAAAGAUGAUGUGGAAGAAGGCAGAUUUCUCUCUGUCACACAAUUAUUCGAAGCAAAGUUCAUGGAGAAGCCAUCAUUCUACGUCCGCGUUCCAGGAAGAGUUAAUAUCAUUGGAGAACACAUAGAUUACUGCGGCUACUCUGUGUGUCCCAUGGCAAUUCAGAGGGAUAUUUUAAUGGCUGUUAGUCCAUCAGAAAGCAAGAUGCUGCAGCUGUGUAAUACUGACUCCAAAUGUGAAGAUUUAACCUGCUCUAUUGACAAUAUCAAAAUUGAAGUAGAAAAGGGUAAACCUCCAGAAUGGUACAAUUACUUCCUGUGUGGUGUGAAAGGAAUUAUGGAUAUUCUGCCAGACAAGACUUCAGUUGGAAUGAAUGUUGCAGUUACUGGUAAUAUUCCCUGGGGUUCUGGUUUAUCCAGUUCAAGUGCACUAGUAAGUGCUGCAGCACUUGCAACAGCUCAUGCAAAUAAGGUUAGUAUGAAAAAAGUGGAGAUUGCAGCAUUAUGUGCUCAUGCAGAGAGGUAUAUCGGAACACAAGGUGGUGGUAUGGACCAAGCAAUAGCAUUCUUAGGGUCAAGAGGAUCUGCCAAGCACAUUGAAUUCAAUCCUUUAAGAGCUGAAAACAUUAAGCUUCCAAGUGGCGCAGUUUUUGUCAUAGCUCAUUCUCUUAGUGUUGUGAAUAAAGCUGCAACCCAUGACUACAAUUGUCGUGUAGCAGAAUGCCGUUUAGCUGGCCAGAUUAUAGCAAAAAAACAUAAUUUGAAAUGGAGAGAGAUAUCUCAGCUGUCUGAUCUUCAGAAGAAAAUUGGAUUAAGUCUUGAAGAAAUAUCUGAAGUUGUGUGCAGUGCAUUACAUGAAGAGCCAUACACGAAAGAAGAGAUUUGCAACGAGCUUGAGGUGAGUGAAGAAGAGCUACACGAGUACUCUCUGACUAACAACACCACACACAUCAGCAAAUUCAAACUUCGACAGAGGGCCCUCCAUGUGUUUCAGGAGGCAGCCCGUGUGAAGAACUUCUGUGCAGUUUGUCAGUCUGAAGCAAGUGAUGAAGAAAAACUGGUACAGCUGGGAAAGCUUAUGAGAGAGAGCCAUCAAAGUCUGCAGCAUUUGUUUGAGUGCAGUCAUCCUUUGCUGGACGAAGUUGUUCUCUUGGGAGAAAAUGUGACACUGGGGUCUCGACUAACAGGAGCUGGAUGGGGUGGCUGUACUGUUGCUUUAACAACACAAGAUUCAUACAAAAAAUACAUAGAGAAAUUGAAAACCAGUUUCUAUGCCAAACACAGUGAAAUACAAAAUAUUGAUACUCUUGUAUUUGCAACAGAGCCAAGUGAAGGUGCUGAAGUUUAUGUAGUUGCUUAAAAAGAGGGGAUAGAAAUUAUCAAUAGCAUUCCUGUUUAAUUCUGGAAUGAUCACUACGCUUACCUUAAUCAAAGGAAAUAAUAUGGCUUUAAAUGAUACACAUAUAUAUUUUCAUAAAGUACUCUAUGCACUGAAGUAACUGCUAUUAUGAGCCAUGCCAUUAGAUAAAAUGUUCUUAUUUAUGAAAAUCAUGUAUGCUUCUAUGUGAUGGCAGUAAAACAAAUUUGAAACAGUUUCAUGUUAGAGUAUAUCUGAGGUAGUAGAAAAAAAGAAAAGGUAAUUUUUCUUCUCAGUGUCUGUUCCGCAGUGUAUACUGCGAACCUUCUUAAAAAAAAAAAUCAAACUUGUGUCGAGC